GAAGGAGGCGAAAGGAUAAGAAAGGGAGUGGAGCUGGCGCCUACGGUGGCCGAAGAGGGACGCGCAGAGCCGGAGGCUGCAGGAUGAUGCGAUUCAUGCUGCUGUUCAGCCGGCAGGGGAAGCUGCGGCUACAAAAAUGGUACCUGGCCACCUCAGACAAGGAGCGAAAGAAGAUGGUUCGGGAGCUUAUGCAGGUCGUUCUGGCUCGCAAGCCCAAGAUGUGCAGCUUCCUGGAGUGGAGGGACCUCAAAGUUGUCUAUAAGAGAUAUGCCAGCCUCUACUUCUGCUGUGCCAUCGAGGGCCAAGACAACGAGCUUAUCACGCUGGAGCUGAUCCACCGGUAUGUGGAGCUCCUGGACAAAUACUUCGGCAGCGUUUGCGAGCUGGACAUCAUCUUCAACUUUGAGAAGGCCUACUUCAUCUUGGAUGAGUUUUUGAUGGGGGGCGACGUCCAGGACACCUCCAAGAAGAGUGUGCUGAAGGCUAUCGAGCAGGCGGACCUGCUGCAGGAGGAGGAUGAGUCGCCGCGCAGUGUGCUGGAGGAGAUGGGUCUGGCCUAGCCUCCGCCCGGGGCCGCGUGGAGAUGUGGGGAGCUGGUGGAGAGGCAGGGCAUCGGUGGCCCUUUUCUUGGUGGGACCCAGCUGCCCCUCCCCUGCUGCCUCACCUUCUUUUGCAGUGAGCUGUGGGCUCAGGACCCUCAAACAUUCCCUCCCUCCACCCCCUACCUCCUGUUUCCCCUUUUCCCACUGAAGGUUUUAGGAGCUAGGAGGCAGGAAAAUGUGACCAAGUUGGGGGUGCUAUUUGGCUUUCAUCCCCUGCCUUUGAAGAACUAAUGUCACCCCAAACUCCCCCCCCCCCCCGCCCUUAUAACUGUAAAUAUAUAAAUAUGUCAGGUUAAAGGGAAAAGGUUUUCAGGGCUCUUCUCUUCUCCCUGCCCCAUAACCUACCUCCAGCCCUCCCCGCAGCCAGCCAGGGCAGCUUCUCUGCCUGGGAGGGGGACCUCCGUGUCUCCAGAGGGAAGUCCUUUUCCCUCAUCUGUCUCCUCCCCUUCCUUCUUGGCUGCAGUGGGGCCUCUCUUGGCUGCAGUGGGGCCUCUGUUCAGUUCCAGAGGAGGAGCAACAUAGUUAAUGUUUUUCUAACCUUGCUACUUUGAGGGAAGGGAGGGCUGGGGGAAGGGUAGGCUUUACAGAAGACUGGGCCCUGUCCCUCCUUCACUCUGAGUUCGAGUUCCGGGUGAGGCAGGAGCUAAGCGGGUGGGGUGGGGAAAGUGUCUGAUUUUUUUUUCUUUUCCUCCGAAAUAAAAGGAAAAGCAUUUCUGGA